AUGUGCCUGUUAGGUUCCGUGGUGAUCGUUCUCCACGCGCCUCCGGACAAAGACGUGGAGACCAUCGAAGAAAUCCUCGGUUACGCCCUGCAGCCAGGCUUCUUGCUCUACUGUCUGGCUGUUGCGAUCUUCUCCACCGUCAUGAUCUACAGAGUCGCUCCCGUCUACGGAAACAAGAACCCUCUUAUCUAUAUCUCCAUCUGCUCCACUGUCGGCUCUGUCUCCGUCAUGUCCGUGAAGGCUUUCGGAAUCGCCGUACGGCUGACCUUCAGUGGUAACAAUCAGUUUACCCACGCCUCGACGUAUGUGUUCAUGGUCGUCACGGGUUUCUGCAUCCUCACGCAGAUGAACUAUUUCAACAAGGCUCUAAACCAGUUCUCUACCUCUAUUGUCAACCCGCUCUACUACGUCACCUUCACCACCGCCACUCUAUGCGCCUCCUUCAUUCUCUUCAAGGGCUUCAACACCACCGACGCUGUCAACACGAUCUCCCUACUUUGCGGAUUCCUUGUCAUCUUCUCCGGUGUAUAUCUACUGAACCUCUCCCGCCAUGACCCCGACGGACGACAGAUGCUUAAUUCCAAGCUGGACGACGAAGGCGUUCCCACCGAUGGCAUCGCUAGCUUCCAAACGCGUCGGUCCAUGCAGUCUCGCCGAAGCAACGAGCCCCACCGCCGGAGUUCCUCCAGCAUUGCAUACUUGAACGGACACGGAGACCGAGAAGGCUUAAUGCGUGCUUACGAUGUGGAGACUCAAGCCUUUGGCUUGUCUGAGUUGACCGAAGAGAGCGAUGGUGAACCAGGCCCCACGUAUAAGAAAAGCGAUGAUGUUGAGCGCGCAUCUCACCAACCUACCAAGCACGACGAGCGAUAG